CCACGACCUGUAAGGAAUUUUGACUGGCUCCUCACCCCGGAACUUCCUGAAUCCUUUGCGAGCCGGCGGCGUCCCCAGAAGUUGGAACAGCCGCUGGAGGGUAUCGGAGGUCUGACAAUGGCCAGGAGCAAACUAAGAGGUCAGAAGUCAAGGAAUGUAUUUCACAUAGCCAGCCAGAAAACCUUUAAGACUAAAAACAAAGCAAAACCAGUUACCACUAAUCUUAAGAAGAUAAACAUUGUGAAUGCUGAAAAAGUUCACAGAAUGAAUAAAGCUUUUAUAGACAUACAAAAGGAACUCGCACAUUUCUCAAAAGGCCUUUCUCUUGAACCUGUGCAGAAGCAGGUGAUUUCUCAGCAGUGUCCAGAAAAUGAACCAGUUAAUGUUGAUGAAGCUACAAGAUUAAUGGCUCAGUUAUAAUACACGGUGAUGCAUCAAAUUCCCCAAAAAGACCAACAAAUUAAAUGUUUUAUACAGUUUUAUUUUUAAAAA